ACUCUCCAACACCUAAUCAGCCGCCCACCACCUACCCGCCCUUUUAGCCUUCCCCCUUCCUUCCGCAGCCCAAUCUAUGUCAACAAACCCCACUUUCUCCUCCCCUUCUCCUCCACCCCCGCCUUUAUCUCCCACUUUUCCUCCCUUCUUUCUUCUCUUCCCUUCCACCCCCAAUUCCCUUUUUCUGAAAUGUACCGCCAUCCUUAUCUUUCACCCACCUCCCCCAAAGUGCACGCCGAUCUUAUCUUAACCUAAUAGCGGACUAGAAAUUUUUUAGAUCCAUGUCGAAUCCGUCUUCUCCCUCGCCCGACCAGGGUCUACAAUCGAACGCAUCGCCUUCACCGCCACCGGAAGCGCUGUUGUCUCUCCCGGCGCCUCCACCGUCCAGAUCUAUUCCGGCGGAUACAGCCACCGUCACACCCAAUCCAAGGCGGCUACCACCACCUUGUUGGUCGCACGAUGAAACCGUUGCCUUGAUCGAUGCCUACCGCGACAAAUGGUACACGCUUCGCCGUGGGAACCUCAAGGCCAGCCACUGGCAAGAAGUGGCGGACGCGAUUACCCGACGCUGCCCCGUCGCGACGCCUCCCAAAACGGCCGUGCAGUGCCGACACAAGAUGGAGAAGCUGCGGAAACGGUACCGAACCGAGAUCCAACGGGCUAGAUCUAUGCCCGUUUCGAGAUUUGUUUCUUCUUGGGUCCAUUUUAAGCGCAUGGACGCUAUGGAGAAGGGGCCUAAUGUGAAAUCUAAUUACAACUCGGAUAGUCCAGAUGAUGAAAACGGUGAAGACGAAGAAGAUGGCCAGGAACAAGAAUUUUACGACGAUGUGUAUAAGAACGGAACCCUAAAUACGAGAAGUGUACAAAAGUUGUACAGAAACGGGGUUGGAAACAACGGUGGGAGUGUCAGCGGCAGUGUAGGCAAAGAGGGUAAUAGCGGUGGGUUUAGGAUUAAGAUCCCAACUGGAGUUAGUAUAGCACAACCAGGGCCAAGAUAUUAUGGGAAAAUAGAUCAGAAAUACGUUGUAAACCCUGAUCCCAACCCUAACCUUAACACGAAUUCUCAUCCUAGUAAGGUUAAUUUUGGUGGGUCGGGUUCCAGAUCAGCUUACGGGACUAGGAUUUUAAGAGGGUUUGGUGAUAUACCGGAAAAAAUGGCAUUCUCAGGGAAGAGGGAGAGGGAGAAAGAUGCAGUUACUGAGAUGGUGUCAGCUAUAAAGGUUUUGGGAGACGGUUUUGUGAGGAUGGAGAAAAUGAAGAUGGAAAUGGCUAGGGAGAUAGAGACGACGAGGAUAGAGAUGGAGAUGAAGAGAACCGAAGUGAUAUUGGAGUCGCAGCAGAGGAUUGUGGAAGCUUUCGCCAAGGCGGUUUCAGAGAGGAAGAAGAAGCCUAAAAGAAUGCCCUCACCCCAGUCUUGAUGUAUAAUGUGUUUUCAAUCCUUUUGACUACGGAUUUGCAAGUUCAAGUUGGUGGAAUGUUUAAGGUUUUACUUCAAUUUCCUGUUUCUUUGUUGAUUAUUGAAUGAUAGGGUUACUGUCCAACCUGAUCUGCUGUAGCUUUUACGUCUUUUUUGUGGAACUAAUGUAACUUUAUUGUUCUGAA